GGCCGACCUGAGAUAGCAUUAUUUUCCUCCACACCGCUCUACUCACGAUACCCGACACGACUCUCUCCACAACCUGCUUUCUGUGCUUGUUUCGCACCGCCGUGCCCCUGCCCCUCCUAAACAGCGAACUCUGAGCCACCUCCAGCCGUCUCCACACGUCAUUAUACAUCCCGCAUUCCGCAGCUGUGAACUUCAAUAAUCCGUGAAGACGUUGGACUCGUAGAAACAUAUACUUCCCGAUACUCACACUCGCUUCUCGCAAAUAUGGAUACAAAUAUGGAGGAUGUGAAGAUGCCUCUGGCAGAGCCCAUGCCCACGGCUCCGUCUGAGCCAGCGUCCAUUCCCACCUUGGAUGGGUGGAUUGAAAGUCUUAUGAGCUGCAAACAGCUGGCGGAGAGUGAUGUACAGAGGUUAUGCGACAAGGCAAGAGAGGUGUUGCAAGACGAGUCGAAUGUUCAGCCGGUGAAAUGUCCUGUAACCGUUUGCGGCGACAUUCAUGGCCAAUUCCACGAUUUGAUGGAACUGUUCAAGAUCGGCGGACCAAACCCAGACACCAACUACCUGUUCAUGGGUGAUUACGUUGAUCGCGGUUACUUCUCUGUUGAGACGGUCACUCUACUUGUUGCUCUCAAAAUUCGAUACCCGCAAAGAAUUACCAUCCUCCGUGGCAACCACGAAUCCCGUCAAAUCACGCAGGUCUAUGGUUUCUACGAUGAGUGUCUUCGAAAAUAUGGGAAUGCCAACGUCUGGAAGUGCUUCACAGAUCUGUUCGACUACCUGCCCCUGACCGCCUUGAUCGAUAACCAGAUCUUCUGUCUCCACGGUGGUCUCUCCCCAAGCAUCGAUACGCUCGACAACAUUCGUGCGCUAGACAGAAUACAAGAAGUGCCCCAUGAGGGUCCUAUGUGCGAUCUGCUUUGGUCCGACCCAGACGAUCGCUGUGGAUGGGGAAUAUCGCCCCGUGGAGCUGGGUAUACCUUCGGCCAAGACAUUUCAGAGGCCUUUAACCACAAUAACGGCCUGACACUCGUGGCAAGAGCCCAUCAAUUGGUUAUGGAGGGCUACAACUGGUCACAAGAUCGCAACGUGGUGACCAUCUUCUCUGCGCCAAAUUACUGCUAUCGCUGUGGUAACCAGGCUGCAAUCAUGGAAAUUGACGAACACCUCAAAUACACCUUCUUACAAUUUGACCCAUGCCCGCGUGCUGGCGAGCCGAUGGUUUCACGUAGGACGCCUGAUUACUUCCUAUAGAUGGGCAUGAAAAUUGCAUGUUAACGAAGCUGGAGUUUCGCGUUGCAUGGGAUAGGUAGACUACAUAUAAUGCUAUCCGCUAUCCUGUGCACAAAGUGAGUUAGUGAGUUAGCUCGUAUCUAUAUACUCUAUGCACGCGUGAGUCGCUGGAGCCUGCUUGAGUCUGCUGGAGCCCAUCCGCGCUCGAGUAAUGCAGACACGCGUGAGGUUGACGGACCGAAUGUAAGACGCGGUAGUGCGUACAUAGGAUGGCAACAAACUAAAUGCAGAGAUGGCAUGAACUCUAUACAUAUUGUCAUUUGACACUUUUGUCUACACAGAGUUCUUAUUUCUUCAUCUCGUGCUUGAGCCGCGCCCUAAAAGGGACGAACGACUCAGGCUCCAGACGUUAUAGUGAUAGCUGCCCACCCACCAUCUGCCGACCAGGUUUUCCCCCCCUCUCCCCAUCAUGUCUUCCCGCAUCACCCCUGCCUGGAGCAUUCACCACCCCUU